GCGGAGCUCGCACGUGCCGAGCAGACGGCGCACCAUGCGGCCGGCGUUCGACAAGCGUUCUGCCCGUUUUGUGCACCGGCUCGCGGGGGCGGGAUGGGGCGCACGCGGAGGCGGCCGCAGCUCGGCCGGGGCGCCGCGACGCUCCUGGCCGUGGCCUCCUUCUUCUACUGCCUGACGGCCAUCUGGCCCUCGGCUCCCGGGACGCGGCCCCCGCACGCCGCCGACGAGCGCGCGAGGGCCGUGCAGCCCCGCAGCCUGCUGGAGGACAUCAAAAACGACGACGACGGCGGCGGCGGCCCCGGGAGCAAACGCCUCCCGCGGGCCAUCAUCAUCGGCGUCAAGAAGGGGGGCACCCGAGCCUUGCUGGAGUUCCUCCGGAUCCACCCGGACGUGCGAGCCGCGGGGGCCGAACCGCACUUCUUCGACAGGUUCUACGACAGAGGCCUCGAGUGGUACAGGAACUUGAUGCCUCGGACCCUGGACGGUCAGAUCACCGUGGAGAAGACCCCCAGCUACUUCGUCACCAAGGAGGCUCCCAGUCGCGUCUGCACUUUGAACCGCCGAACCAAGCUGAUCGUGGUGGUCCGGGACCCCGUGACCCGAGCCGUGUCUGACUACGCGCAGACUCUGUCCAAGAACCCGGCUCUUCCCUCGUUCCAGAGCCUGGCCCUGAGGAACGCCUCGGCGGGACCGAUCGACGCGUCGUGGAGCGCCGUUCGCAUCGGCCUCUACGCCCAACAUCUGGAGAACUGGCUUCGCUACUUCCCCCUGUCGCGUUUCCUUUUUGUUUGCGGCGAGCGAUUGGUUUCCGAUCCCGCUGGGGAGAUGGCUCGGGUUCAGGACUUCCUGGGCCUGAAGAGGGUCGUUUCCGACAAGCACUUCUACUUCAAUCGGACCAAAGGUUUCCCCUGCUUGAAGAAAUCCGAGGGGAGCGGCAGGCCUCGCUGUUUGGGGAAGUCAAAGGGACGACCGCAUCCCCAGAUUCCCGCCGGGGUCUUGCAGAACCUGAGAGACUUCUACAGACCUCACAACCGACGCUUCUACCAGAUGAGCGGACAAGCCUUCGGAUGGGACUAG